AUGUCCGAUAUUCAGCUGUACCUCCUCGAGGUCGACAAGAACAAGCCGGAAGCCCAGUCAACAGCUGCUCGGAGUGCUUCGAAGCUAGAACACAAAGAGUUGAAGCUCAUCGACCUGAUAACGAGCCUUGAGGACUACAUCAACAACAAGGACGAUGCCGCCCUCCGUGCGAAGUCAGUCGCCUAUCUGGCGGACGUUCUGGAGGCUGUACCACCGAAAGUCUUAACUGGACAGGAGAGGCGGUUACUAUGCGACUUCAUCCUGGGCCGGUUGGAGGGCGACUCGGAGGGCAUUGGAGCAUCCGCUCGGGUUCUCACCGCGUUGGAAGAACGUGGAAAAUGGGAUCCUGAGACAGUUCAACGGGUCACAAAGACCUUUCUCGAUCACGCAAGCCCGCUAAAGGACCAUAAGCUCCAAACAGAUCGGUUCGCUGUCAUCCAGCUCUUCGACCGAUUGUUAGAAAAGUACAGAGCACCAUUGCACGAACUGCACACCAGCGAUCCGGAGUUCCUGGCAAAGUUCAUCUACUUCUUCGACGGUGAGAAGGACCCUAGGAAUUUGAUGGUGGUCUUCUCCAUCCUCCACGUACCUAUGACAGAGUGGGACAUCUCGAGCAACGCCCAAGAUCUGUUCGAGGCAGCCUUCAACUACUUUCCAAUCACUUUCAAGCCGCCUCCUGAUGAUCCUUAUGGCAUCUCUGCUCAGGAUCUCAAAGAUCGGCUGCGAGAUUGCAUCGCGGCGAACUCACAGUUUGCACCUUUCGCGUUUCCGGCGCUGCUGGACAAGCUGGAUUCAACUUCGAUGAACACCAAGAGGGAUGUUCUUCAUACCAUCCAAUCAUGUGUGGUUAGCUACGAUAUCAAGACGAUCAACAUCUAUGCUAUCACUCUAUGGGAUGCACUGAAGUUCGAGAUCUUGAAUGUUCAAGAGGAAGACCUGGCAGAGGGGGCGCUCAAAGCCCUGGCUUUGAUGGCAGGCAAGUUUGCUCUGCAAGAAGGCUUCCUCAAUGCCUAUACGAGGCCAAUCAUGAAAGAAUGCAAUCAGCACCUGGAAGAUGCCCCGACCAAGCAAUCAACAGCGACUGGCCGGAUCUUGUACGCGCUGGCGUCUUCCGCAACUCCUGUCGCAGACAAAGUUGUGAAAGGCAUAUUUCCAAACCUGUUCACUCUCUACCAAGCAUCGGAGUCCCUGACGAAGCGGAGGGGACUGCUCGAAGUCUUCAACGAGGUGGUACGGGCAUAUCUCGAUCGUUUCAGGCUUCAGCCAAAGCUUAACCUUGAGGGGUUGAUUGAGUACGGUCGAGAUGCGUUGGGGGUGAUGUUGAGGGUACUCACAAAUGCGCCUAAGGCUGAAGUGUCUCUUCGUCUCACAGCACUUUCCGGCAUCGCACAGCUGGUGGCUCUUCGUGGACUGCUUACCGAAGACCAAGGAUACCGAGCCGUCGAUGCAGUAACCGAGAUCGUGUUACACGAGCAGGUCCCAGGCCAUGGCGACAUCAGGUCCCAGGCAAUCAAGACCUUGGCGGAGAUGGCUCGCACAGCGCCAGAUGCGAUACGGAACCAAGCAAUACCAGCGUUCAUGGUGGAACUUCCUGACAGCCCGGCAGGCGACUCCAGCUAUCUGUCAGUACUUGAGGCAUUUGCACAGCUCAGCAGCGAGCAGCAAGUCUUCGAUACGGUCGUCCUGCGCCUGAAGAACAAGUACAAUGUGGCGAAUGCGCAAGGAGCAUCGGAAGAAUACCAACAGGCGAUGCUACUGGCCAUUCUCUAUGCUUUCACUCAUGGGUCGCCAAUGCCUGAUGAGGAGGGCGUGAUCAGAGGUAACUACUUCGCCGAAUAUGUGGAGCCAUUUUCAUCAACCAUCAUCCAGCCUUUGCAGGCCGGCUUGGAUCAAAAGUUUGUCGAUAUCGUCGGACGACUGUGCAACGCCAUCCUGCGGCAGCAAGGCGUGCACUUCCAGAGCCAGGUCUACAAUAAGAACCUGGACUCUAUGGCAGCGAUUCGGAACGAUACCACUCGCUCUUCGGCUCACACCGCACCGUUCACGCUCUACUACUAUGCUUCCCUGCGGCCAGACGUCGUUGAGGCAGAGGACAUUAUUGCACUGCUUCAAACGCAGGCGAAACUAGCACUCGACACAAAGGACCACGAAACUCUUCCAGUGGUUUUGCAGCACAUCUCACUCUUGAUCAACAAGUUCAUCAAUGCAAAGGCAAUGCAGGCAACCCUGCAGAGCGCAGAGCUUGAAGUUGAAGCUCUCCUCUCAGCGGUCUCACCACCACCAAACUCAAUUGGCGUCGCCUUCGCGGUCACAAAAGCCCUGCUCAUCCAAGGCAAAUCUUCCGCCCUGACAUCGGAGUACCUCCAACUCCUCCUCCAACUCCUCUCCUCGCCAGACGGAAAAAGCGUAGCGAAACGCUUCACCAGCCUUCUCGCCCCCGAAGAGAUCCUGACGAAAGAAAACCACUGCCAGGUCUCCGGCCUCUACAAGCAAAAGACCUUCAGCCGACUGGUACCAUCUCUCGCCGCAGCAGUCCGCAGUGCAGAGCCCAGCACUAAACCGAACUACCUCAUCGCUCUCUCCGGAAUUCUGCGCUGGCUGCCGUACUCUAUGCUCUCUACCUCACUACCAUCACUUACCCCCCCGCUGCUUCAAACUCUCGACCUCUCGUCACCCGCGGAUCAGGAACCCAAAGCCUCGACAUUGACGAUCUUUGAGUCAGUCCUCAUGCACGACCCGGACACAAUAGCAGAGCACACAGCUUCCCUCGUGACACGACUACUCAACUGCACCGCUGCACCAGCCAACAUCGCCAAGGUCCGCGCAAAGUCGCUGCAAUGUCUGGCUCUAGUACCAAAGCAACUGAAGCGGGAAGCAGUAGUGCCGUAUCGAAGACAGGUGGUCAAGAAACUGAUGGCGUGUCUAGAUGAUGGGAAGCGGGAGGUCAGGGCGGAGGGGGUGAGGUGCCGGAGUGCUUGGUUAGGGCUAGAUGAUGUCGAGGAGGAUGGUGAGGAGGAUUAG